AUGAAGAGGCUGCAGCUCCAACGAUGGAGCAGCACGGUCCUUUCGCCGCGGGCUCGGACUGGUAACUGUCUGCAUCAACAACUCUACACUGCUAAAUUGCGGUACCAAUCGACCGCGUCCUUCGUUCAGUCGCAGUCUACUCCUUACGAUGCAGUCGAUGUGCUUGAAGAUCCGAAAUUGAUGGGCCAAGUCCGACGUGUUCACAAACGCAAGUCAGCACUCGCAUAUCCCUCUCCUCCGGUCGAAGCCGCGACCCGAUCAGCAAAACUCGCAGCCCUUCACGCCCGACUCUACCUCCCUUCUCGCUUACCGCUUCAAACACUUGCGCGGACAUUGGUCGAUGCCAGCGCCGAUGAAAAUGCCGAUUUCAACAACGAAUCCUUGGCCACACUCGGUCAUGACCUCCUCACCUACUACACAACUGAGCACCUCCUCUGCAACUACCCUCGCCUCCCCCUGACAGUCAUCUUCGCCGCUAUGUACGCUUACGUCGGUCCCAAGACCCUCGCCGCGAUGGCAAAAGAAUGGGGCGUGGAGCACGCGGCUAUGCCCGGUGGUGAAGUCGACCCCGGCUACCUGCAAUUCCAAAGGGUCGAGCCCGGCACCGACGUAAACGCCAACUCGGACCUACAGUCAGCGCGGCCAUAUGCUGCGAAGAAGAACUGGAGGAAGACUGUCACCUCUAAGAUCUUCUACGAUGACGAGUUCGGUGACCAGAUCAAGGGGGUUGUGCCAACGGGCUCCGGCUCUGGCGUUACCGCUGAGCUGGCCAGCGCGACCUUCGUCCGCGCCGUGAUGGGCGCUAUUUACCUCCACGCUGGGCGCCCAGCUGCGAAGCGAUUCUUCGAGCAACACUUCCUCUCCCGGCACCUCAACAUCUCUGAGCUGUUCAACUUCUCUCAGCCGGCCCGUGACCUCGCCCGGUUGUGCAAUCGUGAGAACUUUGAGCCACCCGUCGCUAAGAUCAUCAGUGAAACCGGCCGGAAGAGCAGACACCCCGUGUUCGUGGUUGGUAUCUUCUCUGGUCAGGACAAGCUGGGUGAGGGCGCUGGCGCCAGCCUGCUUGAAGCUCGUGAGCGCGCGGCUCUCGCUGCCUUGAAGGGCUGGUAUCUUUACAGCCCGCUCAACGUGCGCGUCCCCAGCUCCAUGGAGGAGGAGGGCGCCGCGCCAUGGAAGCCCGUCCACGUCGACCCGGGUGAGGUGAUUGUCUGA